CCUUGAAACAAGAGCGAGAAGGAGGGGAACCCAACAGAAGAAGCAGCAGAAGAAGAAGCAGCAGCAGCAGCAACAACAACAACAACAACAGCAACAACAACAAAGACAAAGACAACAACAACCAUCCAACCAAGCGAUAACUAAGCGUCAAGCCAGACGACCAGCAUGAAAAGAGCGGUGGCAACAUCCCUCCCAUCGGCAGUUCGACGCAGCCACCGCCAUCGCAGUGAUGUAGUGCUCCCAUGGUUUGUCCGCCAGCAGCAAAGCUACCAGCGGUCCUUUGAUUCGAACCACCAUUGGCGGUCGUUUUCGAGCCGAAGCAGCGAUGGCGUCCGCGAUGGAAUAGGCAAGAGAAACACCCACACCCGCAGCAGCAAAAGAAACUACCAGCAGCAACAGCCUAGAAAGAAACAGCACCACUCGAGGAGGGGGAAAGAAGAACAACGCCGGAAGCAUUCGAAUUCGAAGCGCAAAAAUCCCAAACCAGAUACCCCCAUCUUUGAAACCAUCCACCAGGCCCAGGACGCGAUUCAGGAGCUCCUGGACCGGCUUGUCCGAAUCAACGAAAAGGCUGGAGCCGCCCACAAGAUCGAUCCGAUCACGGUGGAAGCGCUGGCCGCGCGGGGUCCUUUGCCGUGGGACAGCCACCACCACGACGCGGCCAACACCGGGGACGGGAUCUGGGGAGAGCGGGCUUUGGUCUACCAGAAAACGCAAGAUUUUCUGGCGGUCCUGGCCCGAUCGGUGAAGGAGCGCCGCCUGUCUCCCUCGCGGAAGCACGGAAAGGAACUGUCCCAGCUGGUCGAGUGCGUCCUGUACGUUUGUGGCCAGCAGGAUCCGCGCUGCCGGGAUGGGGACCACGGAGGCGGCGGCGAGGCCGCAGACCCCUCCGAGCUCGUGGCCUCCGCCCUGGGCGUCCUGGAGGUCGACUGGAACCUGGACGUCGGCCACCGGCACUACGAGCGGGCCAUUGCCGCACUGUGCAACGCGGGAAACUGGGAAUUGGCCGCGCAGCUCUUCGAAAAGCAGAUCGAUCCCAACGCCGGUGGACCCCCCGUCGGGGUGUCGAUCGAAAACCCGCUGGGCCUAUACGCGGUAGCCAUGCGGUGCCGGGCCGGGGAGGGUCGGGAAGCAGAGCAGAGCAUGGUGGCGGAACACGUCAUGGACGCUGUCCAGCGGCUCUCGAUGGUUUCCCCCUCGGACCAGGCCGGUUACGUGCUGGCGGCCGGAACCGCCCUCGGCUUUGCCCACGGCUCGGGGGAGCUCGUGGACUACCAGAGGUCCACGGUGCUGAACCUCGGGAGGCCCUUGGUGGCGGCUUGCCUCCGGGCCUGCUGCCUGGAGGGGGACUACCGGGCCGGCCUCGCGAUCCUCGCGGACGAGGGGAUCCUGGUGGCCCCCGGAUCCAGCCACCCCGAAGAAGAGUGGCAGUGGGGCGGAGCCCGGGACCGCAUGGAUCCCCUCUGCCGCGAUCUGGCGAUUCAGGUCCUUGGUGGCGCCGCGGAAGGGGGGACGGAUGACCAAUUCGGUGAAGGGGGCCCACCGGACGAGCAUCCUUGGCACGGCUCCCGCCUGGCACUGGAGCUCUUUCGGCAGAGCCGUGAGGAAGGCGUCACUAUUAGCAGGGAGGCCCUGGUGGGCGUGGCCCAAGCCUGCGAGCGGGACCAGAACUGGAGGGGCGCCUUCUCUGUUCUGAGGACCGUUUUGGACGAAGAAGAGGCGGCGCAUGCCGCCAAGAGCAGGAGCCCAGACAGCAACAACCAAGAAAGCCAUCCGGCACCGUGGCUGGUUCCGGGAUCCUGGUUAAAGAUUACCGAGCGGGACCAGCUUGCCGAUUCUUCCAUCGAACCCAGCCACCUCCCGUCUCUGGGGUCGUUUUUGGCAUCCGUCAUGAGAAACUGCAACCGGUCGUCGAAUUUUGGAAUGGCCCUCUUUGCGCUCGAAUUGUUUCGGAUCCAGCUCCUCCAAUCCAACGUCGGGGCCAGCGCAGAACCGAGUACCGGCAAGAAGGCUGCCAGCGACACCAAGGGCAACGAUUCCUUGUCACCGGAAGAAGGAAUUCGGCACGUGCUCUUCGAACUGAGUAGGGCGAAUCCGAACGGGAACGACGCGGAACACGAGAUCAUGAUCGCUGGCAUGGUUGCGCUCUGUGGCCUUCGUUGCCACAAACACGCGAUGCAGCUCUACGAAACGACCACAGAAGAGUGGCUGUCCGGUUCGGAAGGCGACCGCGAGGAGAAUGCUUCCGCUGCUGCGGUCUACGGCUACGCUUCGAUGCACCAGGAACGGAGCGGUACGCCCACGGCGGAAUUGGUUCCCUGGGGCGCCGCCCAGAACCACCUGGACCAGCUCUUGGCAGCGGCCGGGCUCGUCAAAACAAUCCGCCGCGAUGCCGGUGACAGCGGUGGCCUUGUUGUGGGGCAGCGCCGCCAGCAGAUGGAAGAAAUCCUGGCGCGGGCCAUGAAUUCCUGUACUGCUGGACACCAACCGGAGCUCUCCCUGUACCUGCUCGAAUGGAUGGAGGAAUGCGUCUUUUCGGAGCCGCCGCAGCAGCAUCAAGCGUUCUUGUACCCGAUGGGCGCCGAGACGGAUCUGUUUGAUAGAGUCGGAUCUUAUCAGGAUUCCGUGACGGCGGAAGCCAUUGUUGCGCGACGAUAUACCCGUGAGUAUGAUGCGGCGAUCGAGCUGUUCGAGGCAACCCUCGAAAAACACACCGACGACGAUUUGAGCCGGUGGGGGAAAACGGUUUCGGCCGGCUUGGCGGCAAUGGUGGCCGGCGGAAGGGGGGACGAUGCGCUGCAAGUGUUCGGUGCCCUGGAUGUGGGCGUGAGGAGCAACGAGUGCUACAACACCGUAGGGCGCUACCUGUCGCGGGUGAAGGACUGGCAGCAGCUCAUCGAUCUCUACGGGGAGGCCACCGCGGAGGGAUGUUCCUCCGAAGAACUCGCCAUGCUAGCAAUGCUGGCGGUAACCUCCACCCGGGUCGAAAACCGGCUCCGGGCCCUGCGGGCCAUCGUGAACGAUUGCGCCUCGAUCGCCGGCGUCGAUCCCAAGCAGUGGACGAUGACCAACUACUGGUCCCUCAAGAAAUCCCUGGGGUUCUAUCACGCCCGCCUGCUGAUGUGGUGGAACGACGAGGACAGGGCACCCCUCGACGAGGUGAACCUUGCUAUCAAGGAAUUCUACCGACAAAAAUCGAAAGGGACGAAGCCCGAGAAUGACGUGCUUCGGGCCAUCGUCUCCGGAGCUGGCAGACACGACUCUCUGGGUCUGGACCACACAGAUGGAUACGAACAGGUACCCCGGUCGGAGGAGGCCUGGAGAUUCCUGCUAAGUGACGUUCGCCGCUCCACGAGGGAUUCCCCCAUCCGCUACGACCCCACGUUCAUCGAUGCCCUGGUGGAGGCGUACAAGAGUCUCGGGAACAGCAAAGACUGCGUCAAUUACGUCUCGGGGUUGCUCAACGCCGGGGGCACCCGACUGAGGCAAACAACCCUCGAGAACGCCAUGGAGGCCGCGCGAUUGGAACAGGCCGAUGGCCUAUACAACGAUGUCCGGAUGCUCCUCUCGGAGGGAACCGAGCACUCCUGAAUCAAUCCAAUCGAGUCGAAUGAAGUAAACAUCGAUCGGAAAUCGGAUAAAUCCGCCCACUUCGGAAGGACAUGUCGCACGAUGAUUCCGAGAACAAAUGGUAAAGCAGCAGAGCGCAUUUAAAACAUCAGUAUUGUUUCGCUGCAUUCGAUGAGUCGAAUGCAUGUAUAGGAAGAAAUUGUUUUAAAAUGC